CCUUCUCCUUCCCUCUUUCUUCUUCUACGUUGUGCCUCCGCCGCCCGCUGGAACAUCGGUGAGUUCGUUUUCUUUACUUCUCUUUGUUUUUUUCCCCUUCUGAUUCUUCCUCUGCGGUAGUGGUGGGGUAGGAUUUGUAGGUUUGGUUUUCGAAUGGUGAACGCACAGUAAAAUAAUGUGAAAAUCGCACGAACAAACACAGCCAAAUUUGAAACCUAAUUUACUCGAGCCGCUUCUCUCCCUCACGGCCUCACCCCGACUCCGACGCCGCCCUCUUCCUCAACCGCGCGGCGUCCAACACCCGACCGGGCGUCGAAUUUUCCGCACUCGUAGGAUGUAGUUUUUUACUUCCCCAACGGGAUCUCAAUGCGAUUGGCGAGUUCUUUGGCGAUUAAAACCCAAAAUCGUGGUCGGGGUAGCGUAUCCAUGCCAUGUCUCGACACCAAUCCAACAAGGUUCAUCUACGGUUCCUACAAUGGUUAUCAUUUGAUUAGUUUGAUGGGAAUCUUAUUUGUUAAUUAUUUUUAAGGCUGAGGGCAUAACCCUUCUAUGAUGGUUUGAUUUUCAAGACUAAAGGUGUAAUCCUUUGAUGAAAUUAUUGGUUUGGUAGCUUAUUCUGGGAAGAAAAAAUUUAAAUAAAUCUCUACUGCCGUCCUAAUGUGGUAGCCUAGUUUCCCUCGGGAAGACGACAGCAUUUCCCUUGGUGCAAUAAAGAUGGUGUUGGCCUCUGGAACUAAUUCUUUUGCCAAAGAAAUGGCCAUUCGGAAGCGAAUUGCAAACAUAUUUAAUAAAAGAGAGGAGGAUUUCCCAUCCUUGAGGGAAUACAAUGACUACUUGGAAGAAGUCGAGGACAUGACCGUGAAUUUAGUUGAAGGAAUAGAUGUCCUUGCUAUUGAAGCAAGAAUUGCUCAGUACCAGAAAGAGAAUGCUGAACAAAUCAUGAUUGCUCAAGCUCGCAAGGCUGAGGAAUAUGCAGCUGCUUUGGCAGCAAGCAAAGGACAACUUCCUCAGACGGGUGUUGAUCCUUCCUCAAGCUCCCAAGCGGGUACUAGCAGUGUUGCUCAGGGGCAGUAUGCACCGGCAAUUGCAGGGGCUGGAAUUACUCAGCCACGUCCAGUUGGGGUAGGUCCUCAGCCAAUUCCUCUUGGGUCCGGGCCAGACAUGUUAGGGCAUGAAUAUGAAGAUGAAGAAACUAUGAAAAUGAGAGCAGAGAAGGCAGGGAGAGCUGGUGGGUGGAGUAUAGAACUAAGCAAGAAAAGGGCUCAGGAAGAGGCGUUUGCCAGCAUUUGGAUAUGAUAUGAUAUGAUGAUAUUGUUGAGUUGAGAGAGCAAUUUUGGGUGCUGCCGGCAAAGAAUCUAGAGUUGCAAACGUUAUUAAUUGACUGUAGUAAACUCUACAUACAUGAUAGUGAGGAUGUCGAUGUGAUGGAGCCGAGGGAGGGAAGGAAUUAUUAUUCCUGUUGGUUAUACGACCAAGUAUUUAUGUCUCCCAUAUUCACAGCCUGAUCAUCAUAAUUGAAUUUUGAAGAACAGAACAGAAGAAAGAAUCUUGAUUUGGUAAGUUUUGUAUGUUUGUUUAUAGGCUAUGCAAUGGCCACCUUCAUUACUACAAUAUUCCCUCUCUGGUGUCGUAUUCUUGUAUAGAGUCUCUGAUUUUAAUGACCUUUACUCGAUACUAGUAGUACUAUUUUAGUGAAAUAGAGUUGGAUGGAUGGAUGGAUGGA